CCUGCCAAGAAACCCUGGCCUGUGUCACUCGCCUCUUCCCCCAGUGCCUAGCCAGUCGGGACGGGGUGGGGACAGGCAGUCAAGGCCAGCCCCUUGAGAAGCGGAAGCUUUGGGAGAAAUCACCUCAGCAGGCAGCCGAGGCAGACGCUGCCGAGCCUGAGUGCCCGGAGCGCGCAGUCCCUGCCCCGCACCAUGCGCGGCCGCUGCUGAUGGCCACAGUGGGGACCAAGGACUCUCUGGUGAGGGCCUGCGAAGCCAUGACCUUCCAGCAGCCGUCCCUGGGACUGAAAGGGGGCUCCCUGUCGGCUCUCUACGUUCACAGCAUGCCUGCCUGGGUGCUGGAGGAUUUCUGCCAGAAGAUGGACUGCCUGAGUGACUUCGACUGGAUGCGGUUCGCCUCCUAUGUGAUAACUGAUCAGACAGAGCUACGGAAGAUCAAAAGCAUGGAGAAGACCGGGAUCAGCAUAACAAGGGAGCUCAUGUGGUGGUGGGGAGUGAGGCUGGCAACCGUGCAGCAGCUCCUGGACCUGCUGCAAGGACUGCAGCUCUACCGAGGGGCUCAAGUCAUUCUGGACUGGGCAUCAGCCUCUAAUAUCACCAAGUCUGAAAAAGAAGAGCUGGUAGAGCCACCUAAACAGGAGAAUAUAUCUUUGACUCCCAUAGAAAAUAAAAAUAAAGAGAGAGAAAAUGAGAUAAGUCUGUUGCCAUCACCAAGCUCGUCACAUCUGGGAAUAUCACCAGCAGUUUGUGCUGUUUCUGAAGGAGACCUGUAUUCGCUCCCUUCUCCACCACCUCCCCCAAGAGACCUUUUGAAUUCCUUACAGUCAAAUCCUCCUGUCUCAUCAAGUGUGAUGCCUUGCAGCUCUUCUACUCCUCAGCAGGAGACAAUGACUGAUCUCCCCAGCGGGAGUCUCUUGUGGACCCAGAAGGAAGUUACUAAUGCCACAAAUGGUUUCAGUGAGAAGAGCAGAAUUUGUGAAGGUACUUUUGCGGAUGUCUACAAAGGUCAGAGGAACAACGUAGAGUAUGUCAUCAAAAGACUGAAAGAAGCAAAAUGCGCAAGCCCAAAUUCCACCCAAAGAUUCUUUCACACAGAAGUACAGAUAUGCUUUCGGUGUUGUCAUGUCAACAUUUUGCAGCUGCUGGGUUUCUCAGUAGAAACUGGAUUGCACUGUCUGAUAUACCCACACCUGCCUAAUGGAUCGCUACAAAACAAGCUUCAGUGCCAAGAUGAUUCUGCUCCACUGACUUGGGAGGUGCGAAUUAGCAUUGCUGGAGGGCUCCUCCGAGCUGUCGAGUAUUUGCAUAAUUUUGGAAUUCUUCAUGGGAAUAUCAAAAGCUCAAAUGUCUUGCUAGAUGAAAACUUUACAGCAAAGCUUGGACAUUCAGGUCUGCGACUGCAUUCUGCUGAUAAAAAAUCAGACUAUGCUGUAAUGAAAACCAAAGUCCUACAAGCUUCUCUUACUUAUCUGCCAGAAGAUUUUGUCAGACAUGGACAAUUAACAAAAAAAGUUGAUAUAUUCAGCUGUGGUGUGGUCUUAGCAGAGAUACUGACAGGGGUUAAGGCACUGGAUGAAGGAAGAAACCCUAUUUAUCUGAAAGAUAUGAUUGCUGAUGAAAUUCAGAUAGCUAAAGAAAGCUCAUACUCCAAAGGGAAAAAUUUUGAAAAGGUGGCUGCCAAGGAAAUAUGCUGUAAAUAUCUGGACAGGAAAGCAGGACACUUGCUGGAAGAGAUUGCUGUUGAUUUUGCCUCAGCCGUCUGCUUUAGUCUGAGAAAGAAGAAUGCUACCGUAACAGAGGUUCUUGAAAUUAUAGGAAUGUCUGAAAGUAAAUUAAGGGAGCAUUCCAUCGGUGGAGGCAGCGCUUCUGGAUUCUCCAUGAACACUCCAGAAGAAACUGAUGAUGAGACAACGAGUCUCAGCACAGACGUGCCUUCUGGAGGGGAGAACAAUGAGAACAGCACACAGGCAGCGAUCCUGACAAGUGCCAACCCAUGCACACCUUCCAUAGGAGUCGUGUCACCUGACAUUUACUGCGUACAGAUGUCAAGGCUUCCUUGUGAAUCAGAUGAAUUGAGUAGUUUUGUAUGGAAUACUUUAGAAAAAUCUACAGAUAAGCUACCUAGCAACAAUUCCAAAAGUAUGGCAGCCACUGAUUGCAGGACUGGGCAGGAAAAACUACCAAAUGGACUCCAGGAAAGAAAUGCGGCAUGCACCAGAAGUGAUGACGUCUUGGAAGUGGCAUCUGCUGCACAGAGCACCUCUCAACAAGAAAAUGCAGACCUUGACUCUUCAUGUUCUUCACAAGCAUCAGCCAGAGAGACAUCUUGGAAAAUAGAGAUAAAUGAUCAGAAAAAGAAGCUCAUGGAAAAUAUUCUGCUGUAUGAAGAAGAUAAAUUAAACAGUUCUGAACUUUUUGAAUCAUAACUUGGAUUUAUUCACAGUGGCCAGCUCAGAAGAAGAAAUAAGGAGUGUCUCUUUAUUAGAAAUACGGCAAAAGUGUAACUUUCCUGCAAGGUUAAGUAGCAGAUUUGGAUCAGAAACAUUAGCCCUGACUGAAGCAAACAAAAGUGAUCACACUGAAAAGAAACAUAAAAUACCUGUUCUAAAGCAGAUUAAAGCCCAGUGCUGUUUGUGUAAACAGAAACAUGUUCUUACUUUUCAUCUGCAACGGAAAGAUACGGGAAACACAAACAAUUGCCAAAAUAAUGGAGGACCAUUUUGCAGUGUUCUUCAGAAAGCAGCUAAGUAUAGUGUGAGUCUUUUAAAAAACACAAUCCUAGAAGUUGCAAGGCAUGCACUGACCAGCAAACAGCAAUACCCUCUACUGUUACCCAGCUGUGUGCCAACAGACAGAAAUCUUCAGAACAAUUGAAGUAGGUUUCAGUGUUCAAAUUGGUCUGUCCUAUCCUGUGUAAGCUUAGGCCACAUACUCAAAAACACUGCCUUACCAGAGAGGGGAAGUUGUAUUCAAGUUCUCAGGUGUAUUCUAUGUGACUUGAUCUCCAUUUGGAUUGCGCUGAAUGGAGUUCUAAGGAAAUGAUUGAAGCCACAUAGUCUACUCUAUUACAUAUACACAGAUGAGAGCCUUUGCAAUAUGACCUUUAAGAUUCACUGUCAGGAGUCCUAAGACAGUGUUUAAAACUUACUAAGAGUAUUUUUGGAAGUUGAUGGGUUUUUUUUUAAGGGUCCUUUACCUACUGUUGAAGUUUGUCAUUGUAUUUUAGAUGGUAACUGUUGUAUAUUUUGGAUUAGGGCCAAGACUUUAAUUUAAAAUAUCUUUCAUUUUGUUAUAAGUCCUUUGAAAUGUUGUUAAUUUAUUUUGGCAGUGGGUUAAAGAAUCAGUGAAAGAGAAGCUAGUAAGUGGACCUGGUACUGGUGUCAUGCUCACCAUGUAUUCUCAGAGAGGAACUGGUUGAUUUGUCUCUUGACUUACCCAGCAUUAACAGACUUGGGGUCAGCCUUAGUGAUCACACUUAAAAGAACAAAAGUGGAGAAUUGUAUGCUGUCAUAUUUAUUGUCAAGUGAAACCCCCUUAAGAAAGUGUUGCUUUUAUUGUUAUAACUAUUUAUUAUUUGCAAUAGUAUUAGCAUAUUCAACUCCUGUGCACUCUGAGGAAACAGAGGUUUGUUACAAACAAAAACAACUACCAGAGCACAUAGCUCAGCUUACGGAGAGGUGACUGCUGCCUCCCCAGCAUCACUAACAGGGCCUGAUGUACAGAAAUGGUCCACAAUGGAGUUUGGGGAAUAUUUUUAAGAAAAUUUGAGUUUGUAUGUAAUUCUCUUUAUUGGAAUUGUGUCAUGGUAUGGCUUUUCUAGCUUUACAUGAAAGGCUCUGAGUAAGGAGUCACGUCUUCUAUAUUUGUACAGUUACCUAGAUCAUUGUAGGUCCUAUUAUGAGCAAGUAACAGUAUUUGAGCUAAAGUCUUGAGUACUAAAGUCAUCUAUACAUUUAUCAAAUCAACCUCUACACUAAAAGCUGGUAAAAUUCAUUAAUUGAAAGUGCCUUGGAUACUGUCCAUAUAUUAACAGUGUCAGGUUUUUUAUUUCAUCAGAAUCAAAACAGGAAGAGAUUAGUACUGACAUUAGAAACAUUGAGUGUAUUGAGAUCAGCCAAUAACUGCUCAAUUCUAGAUGAGAUUUAAUUGGGAUACUUUAUGUUGCCGGUUUUCUUUUUUCAUGAGUAUAUUUUGGGAGAUCUGUCAUAAAUACUUGGAGUCUCCUCCAGGAAGGAGUGCACAUGGACACAUCCCAGAGCUGAACAGAAAACCUGCAUUUGUUCAAGGAGGAAACAGAAUGUAGACACAUUUCUGGUUCACAAAAAAUUUGGGUUUUAAAGGCUUUGUUUUCUUUUUGUAGUCACAAAAUUCACUUGUUAUUCUUUGCCUUGUUUCAUGCUAGUUUUAAAGUAGUUUGAGGUAACUUACAUGCUCUGAUAGAGCUACAUAAGCACAUAAUGUAACACUGCAUAGUCUAACAAUAUCUGUUACAUAACCUGGCUAGUCAAUAUAAUGUAUGUUUUAAUUUCAACUUGACAAAUUUAUACAUUACCAUUCAGUAAUACCUUUGUGAAUAAAA